GACUAUUAGACAUAGUGGAGGAUUGAGACGAGGGCUACAUCUGGAGACGGUUGAACCAGAACGACAACAGCAGAGGAAAAACUCUAAAACAAGACGCUCUUAUCUGACCGAGACACCUGCUGGAGCUGAAACCUGAGGGAGGGAGGAGAUGGACAUCCUGGAGACACAUGCUUACGACAAGAGGAAGAGGAGAAACAUGUCCUGUGCUCUCUUUGUCUCCCUCUUGCCGUUCUUUCUGUCCUCUGCUCUGUACUUGUAUUUGUGGACUCCUGACACCAAAGCGUCGCUCAUGACAGCAGGCGUCAAAUCAGCACCGGCGCUCCUGUUAGCUGCCGUGGUGCUGAGCUGGAAGGGAGGUCAGAGUGUCAUGGGUGUGGCGGGCGGACUGGUCUUCUCUGCGGUUGGAGACUGCUGCUUGGUGUGGCCUGAGCUUUUCCUGCACGGAAUGGGAGCUUUUGCUGUGGCUCAUCUUCUCUACUCUCUGUCCUUCCUGUCCAGUCGCUACACAGCGUACACCUCCUCCUUCACACGCUUCCUAUACCUGAUCCUGACGGUAUUCGGAGGAGGUUUCUACAUCUAUCUGUUCCCGUUCCUGCAGAAGGCGCCAGACUCUCACCUCCUAACUCCAGGGGUGGGGAUCUACAUCCUGUUAAUCGCACUAAUGGCAGCUUUAGCGUUCCGAACUCAUCAUGUUCCAACGCUCUUAGGAAGCUUGUCCUUCGUGGUGUCCGAUGUCUCUUUAGCUCUGCAAGUUUUCAAUGUGGUGCAGCCAUGUCAAUACGGACACAUGGUUGUAAUGGUGACCUAUUAUUUGGCCCAGUUAUUGAUUGCUGUGGGAGAUGUGAAGGCAGAGGAGAACACGGAUGACUUUUCUAAGUGGAAGAGAUCCUAGACUGACAAGAAAAUAUAUUUAAAGCAACGGGUCGAUAUUUAUUUUUUGUGAUUUUUUUAAGUGUAAUUUUUUAAGAUUUUUGAUGCUAAUUUUUAAACUGUCAAAUUGAUGUAUGAUGUAACAUAUGAAUAAAUAAUAAUAAUUUCUUAA